AUGGCAGACGUAAUGGAUCCACCAGCAAAAAAGCCGAAACUGUCAUCACCAUCAGAAUACGAAGACGAAACGCUGGCUCAGCUAGAAAAAAUGGAGCCUUUGCCAUCAAGCCAGUCACAAGCUUCAGGGACCGGUUCUUCAAUAGACUCAUCACAGCAACCUUCUAGCGUCCAUAUGCCUCUUAGUAAUGGACCAUCAUCGAUGAAUGCGGGUAGCGUUUCUGCAAGUUCGACUGCUGUUGGUUUUAGUGGACCUGGAUCUCAGUCACAAUCAAGUGGUCCAUCUCAGGCUCACUGUGCAUCAAAUCAGCAGAAUCAGCCUAGCGUUUUACAAGAAUUGUUAUUAAAUCCUAGUAAUCCGAGUGUUCAAGCAGUUAAUAGUCCUAGGCCAGCCUACUCUACUCCAUUUCAAACAAGGAGUCCAUUAACGAGUGCUGCUAGUAUGAUAUCUCCAGCAAAUUGCCCACAGAGCAUGACAGUGUCUGGCGGACCUACAGGGCCUCGCGGUUUAAGGGCUGCCGGACCGCAGAUGUUCAAUCCAGCAGGUCAUCCAGACAUGGGACAGUUACAAUCGGUAAAAAAGUCACUUUAA